AACCCAAUCCCCAAAUUCUCAUCGCCGAUUCUCCUCUCCUCCGCCCUUCAUCCAAUCCAAUCUUCCUCCUCCUCCUCCUCUUCUUCAACUUCAUUCGUUUCUUGAUCUUGCCUCUAGUUUCAUUUCAUGGCGUUUUUGUUAUCAUCGGAUCCUGACACGUCGUCGCCGGAAUUGAAGAGGAAGAAGCGGACGAGAUCGGCCGAGGAAACGAACGCCGCUCCUUUUACCUCUCAGAGACAGAGAAUCAAGCGAUGGAGAACAGAGAGGGAGCAGCAGAUCUACUCCUCGAAGCUCGGUGAGGCGCUCCGUCGAUCUCGGAGGAGCGGGAGAGAAGUUCGGGAGACGGCAGAUAGACUACUUGCGGUUUCAGCGCGCGGGGCCACCCGGUGGAGCAGAGCUAUCCUCUCCAGUCAACGCGGUGGAGCGGAGCUGAGGAAGCACAAAAAAGCCAGGGUGACUGGAAAUGGAAGGUUGAAGAAACUGGCGGGAGGAAUCAAGACGGUGGAGAAUAGGAGGUUACCGGCGGUUGAGAGGAAGAUGAAGGUUCUUAGCCGGUUGGUUCCUGGCUGCCGGAAACUGUCUCUUUCGAAUCUUCUUGAAGAAGUUUCUGAUUACGUACCGGCUUUGGAGAUGCAGGUCCGAGCUAUGACCGCUCUCGCCGAGAUCAUCGCCGGUGAAGGUGGAGGCGUUGCGCCGUCGCCGGCUGACCAGCCUGGCACUUCGUAAAUCAGCGAAAAGGUAUUAUUAUUACUUCUUCUUCUUCUUUUUUAAUUUUAAUUUUUAAAUUUUUUUAGUUAGAUUUUUAAAUUCAUGUAUUCUAUCGUGUACAUCACUUUUUCCUUCCUUUGAGCGCCCCUUGCUCCUCUUUUUAUUUUCAAUUACUUUUUUUUAGUAUGUUAAGCAUCAUUUAAUUUAAUUAAUUAAUCGAUUAAUAAAUUUCAAUCGAUCAU